ACACAGUUCUGCGUGCCCCAUCGCCGACGACCAUCGCGAAACCGACGCACGCGUGACGUCUCUGUGAAGAAGCGGCCCAGAGGCUUUGCUCUCUUUCCUCAGCUGCCUGCACCUCCAGCGUGUGUCGCGCCCUCCCCCGCUGGUCGUUACCUCGGUCCGUUUUUCUUGCGCGUUUCCUUACGAAGGAGUAACAAAAGAAGCGGGUUAUCGCGCCCUAUUUUUUAAAUUUAUUGUCUUUACUCUCCUUCCAGCUAAAAACAUUAUUUCGGCUAGCCCUUUUUGAGGCAAGCACGUGAAUGAUCGUGUUUCAAGUUCCCUGACAUAAGUUUAGUUUUAGAAAGUUAUAGACACCAGUUUUUCGUCUCUCAAGAGGUUACCCGUCCAAGACCUACGUGAAUGCAUUAUAAAGAGUUUGCCAGCUGCAAAGAGACGACUGACAAGAUCCUGUGGAAGCCGGAGAGCGUGGCCCCGCAGCUGAGCGCGCCGUCGCCCGCGCUCUUCACCUCGUGGCGCAUCUCCUCAUCUGACCGACAGCGGCGGAGAGACUGCCAGGGCCGCUAGGCAUGCUGGGAGCCGAGCAGUCCACCAUGUCCAGCUCUGAGGCGGGAGCUUCCGCCAUGCACGUGCCGGCCGGCCACGAAGGCCUGGGAGACUGGCCGGGCCCCGGGGGCGGCAGCUGCGGGGGCGACGAGGGCGACGCGCUCUUCUCGUGGCAGGACUACAGCGUGCUGGCCACCGUGCUGCUCGUGUCCUGCGCCGUCGGCAUCUUCUACGGCGUGCGCGAGUGGAUGCGCAGCCGCCGCCAGCAGGCGGAGGCGGAUGCGGGGGCGAGCGCUGGCGAGAAGGGGGCGGCGGGGGCGGAGGCGGGCGCGGGCGACGCGGGGCAGGCGGCCGCCGACUUCCUGCUGGGCGGCUCCUCCAUGCCGCCGCUGCCCAUGGCCAUCUCGCUCGCCGCCAGCUUCGUGACAGCGGUGGAGCUGCUGGGCAACACCUCCGAGAUGUACCUGCACGGCACGCAGUUCUGGAUGUCGUGCCUCGCCUUCCUCAUCGUCGUGCCGCUCACCUCGCAGCUCUACCUGCCCGUCUACCGCGCAGUCGAGGUCACCUCCGCCUACGAGUACCUGGAGAUGCGGUUCGGGCGCGGCGUGCGCAGCCUUGCGGCCGCCAUGUACGUCGUCCAGAUGACGCUCUACACCUCCGUCGCCGUCUACGCACCCGCUCUGGCCCUCAGCGCAGUGACUGGACUCAACGUCUACCUGGCCGUUACCUGUGUCUACGCAGUAUGCAUCAUCUACUCAUCUCAGGGCGGGAUGCGCGCCGUCAUCAUCACGGACACGUUCCAGGCGGCCGUGCUGAUGGGCUCCAUCUUCGUGGUGCUGGCGCUGGGCAACGACCGCGUGGGCGGACUCUCCGUCGUCUGGCAGCGCAGCUCCAUCACCGAGCGCCUCGAGUUCUUCAACCUGAACCCGGACCCGACGGUGCGGCACAGCUUCUGGUCCGUGGUGGUCGGCGGCAGCUUCUACUGGGCCACCAUGUUCUGCUCCAACCAGGCCUCCGUCCAGAAGUACAUGUCUGUGGCCACCAUCAAGCAGGCCAGGACGGCUUUGUGGGUGAGCUGUGCCGCCUUGGCCAUCAUCUUCACGGCCAACUUCUACACUGGUAUGGUCAUCUAUGCUGACUACCACGGAUGCGAUCCCAUCAAAACUGAGGCCAUCUCCGCCAGCGACCAGCUGUUGCCGUACUACGUGAUGCAGCACAUGGCACAUCUCAAGGGCGUGGCCGGCUUCUUCGUCGCAGGGAUAUUCAGUGCUUCUCUCGGCACGGUGGCGGCGGCGCUCAAUUCGCUGGCGGCGGUGACGGUGAGCGACUUCAUGCUGGGCGCCUUCCCCGCCAUCAGCAUCGCGCCAGAGAAGGCCGGCACCGCCGCCAAGUGGGCCUCGGCCAUCUUCGGAGCCAUCAGCUUCGCCCUCGUCUUCGUCGUCGAGCGCCUCGGCGGAGUUCUCCAGGUGGCGCUGAGCUUCAACGGCAUGGUGGGUGGAGUGACGCUCGGCAUGUUCUCGCUGGGGAUGUUCUUCCCGUGGGCCAACAACAAGGGCGCACUGCUCGGGGCGCUGACGGCGAGCGCUCUGGUCGCCUGGAUCGGCGUGGGGGCGCAGGUGUCGGGCGCCAACCAGGCGAGCGAUGCCACCAAGUUCACCUCGGCAGACCUCUGCCCCGCCUGCAACCUCACCGGCGACGCGGCGCUCAACUUCACCACCGCCUCCAGCAUCACCACCGCCGCCAGCACGAUGUCGCCCGCAGCGCCAGAAGAGCCAGUGUUCGUGCUGUACCGGCUGUCCUACCUGUGGUACUCGGCCAUCGGCUGUGUGACGACGGUGGUGGUGGGCCUGGUGGUGAGCCUAGUGACGGGUCCACGUGACCCCACCACGGUGGACCCGGCACUGCUGUCACCACCGGUGCGCGUCCUGCUCGACAACCUGCCCAAGAGCCUGCGCAACCGCCUCAGUCUCAGGGACAUGUCCAAGCGCAGAUUCUCCACUGUGCGACCGCCCUGCGUCUCAUCCAUAUACCGUGGUGGCAUCAUCAACGCUGGUAUCUCUCUGGAUGAUGAAAAGCCAGUGGCGCCACCCUCAGCGACUGUAACUUCUUCACAAGCACCACCACCAGCUUCAAUGGGAGGUGGCAGUCAGAAUGGAAUGCCACAGCAAAUGCAACCAGAUGGUUCGCCACAAAAAAAAGUAUCAUCUUCCAAUGACAACAAUGGGAUGUACUUUGCUAAACUGUAGCACUAAAUUAAAAUGAUGGUGGAUGGAAUCAUAUACCCCAAGUAUUAGAGGGCUAACUGUAAAUCCACUAUCUGUCAUGCCAACCAUGUAUAUAAUUGUGAGAAAUCUCUGCCACUGAGAAGAGAAUACUCUCUCUCUUGACAUAUAAAAGACACACGACCACUGAGAGGGAGAGGACACACUGAACAGGGCACUGGCUUUAUUGUGAGCACACCUGUAAACUGAUAAUUAAUGAAACUCAUUAAUUUCUACUAGGUAGCAAUUCCAUUGUACCAUGAGCAUUUGGCUCUCCCUCUACAGUUCUUGAUCGUUCUCAUCAGUGCCAGUGGUAAUGGUUCAUAGGACAAUUUUUGUACUUUCUGAUCCAAAUUAGAAUGUUUGACAGCAAUUUAUUUGUAUUCAUUCAUGAAAACGUACUGUCUUUGUUUUCUUGUAAUUACUGCUUUACUUAAAACUAUAAUUAGAACACUCAUUCAUAGUAGGUUUUAUUCUGCAAGUUCUGUUUCACUGGGAAAGAAUUAUUUUUGUUGUAAUUCUUUUCUCAUCAAGAGGUAAACCAAUUGUCUAUUUCAGAUUCAACUCUGUGCCUCUUAGAUCUAUUUCUUAUUUUGAGUACCAGCAAUUCACUUUCCUCAUGAAUGGUAACGGAGGAUUGUUUUAGGUUACCUUCCAUUGGGCAUCUAUCAUUUUGUUUACAAUCCAUCACUUAAGUUCAUAAUCACUUUUGUUUACAAUGUUAGAUGUCAAACUCUGUAGUUGAGCUGUUCCAUUUCACUAAAUUUCUCAUACUAAUGCUUCUCUUGACCACUAGAAUCUCUGCUUGUGCCCUUCUUUAUUAGUACCCAUUGUUCACUGCCAUAUGGAUAGCACAAUGAAAUGAUAGUUUCAUAUCAAUCAUUAUUUUUGCUACUUCCCUUUACUUUAUUUUAAUUUCUAAGAUUAUUUUAAGGUUCUUAUAGAUAUAACUGAAAUUUCUUAGCUUACAGUCGAUAUAGAUGGAUGAUUUCUAACAACCAAGAAACUUGGUCAGUGGUACUGGUUCCUAGCAUUUUGUAGUAAUAGAGUUAGCUAAGUUCAUCAGUGGAUAACACUGCUAGCUUCACUGUUGUUACUCAUAUGAACUGCUAUGUAAAAGAGGGUGGACACAUGUCAAUGAUGUCAUGAUAGCUGCAAAUAGAAUGUCAAAGAGAUUCAUUAUAAAAUUGAAAGUUAUCAUUUCAUAUCUUUACAAAGAAAUAAAUACAAAUAUCUCAUGAGUAUACAAAUGGAAGAAACUGAACUUACAAUAAGUUCCGAAAUCAGACAUAUUAAACAAUUUGAGAGGGUAAAAUUAAUUCAUUGUCUAUGUCAGUACGUAGGCACUUUACAUUUAUACAACAGUUCUACUUAUUUCCUUGGUCUCACUCAUAUAGCUGCUCAAUUUCAAAUUGUGAGCAUUCUUUGUAAAUUGAGAAAAACAGUUCCAAAAGAAAUGAAACAUAAACUCAUCAAAAUACUUUCUGUUCUCUUCCUAUGAAAGAUUUUAUUAGUUUGUUAAAAAUAUUAUUGCAGAAUAGACCAAAGAACUAUCUCUACAAAUACACUUGUCACUCAUCAAUGUUACCAUAUGUGUAUCUUAGUGAAGUACUGCCUUUUUUUAAAUACAAAAUGAAAGUAACUAUCAGCUGUACAGUUUGAAAAUUUUCUGAAAUUUUUUAUCGCACCUGAGCUUUCCAUUUUUUUUUCCCGUCCUUGUUAAACAAUGUUCAUUCAUCAUUAACAAUUCCUCAAACAUACACAUAUAUUACCAAAGAGUGUUAGCCAUGUUAUAAAAACAAAGUAACACAACGUAAUAAAUUGUUUGGGAUAUUAAGUUAUAAAAAGAUCAUGUUUAUCUUUGUGUCUCUUCCAAGACAAACAGUGAGAAAUUUUAUAAAUACUAUAAUAUUUUCUUUCUUUGUUUAUGAAAGAAGAAGUUAAUAUGACACUGACUAGUUACAGAAACAUAUAUACUGUACUUUACGUAUUGAUGUGGAGAUCUAUAUGUGUUUGAUAUGUGAAGCUGUCUCUGUAAACAAAGGGAACAAAAUGGAAGGUAUUAAGUUACAUGUAAUUAUAUCUAGAAGAUUUAGAAGUGAUUUUGUGCAUUUAGUAGAAUGCUUGCAUUUCAACAUAUGUAGCAUGUAGCUGUUACAUUAGAACAUUCACUGUGUCUAGAAAGACUAUAUCAACUGCAUAGCUUAGAUAGCCAAGAGUACAAAGCAAAUAGAAAUAAUAUUAUAGAAAUGUAAACAGUAAUAGACAGUGAACUUAAAGUUUACACACUCUUUUAUUGUCUUGCCAUUUAGUAUCAAUAUAUGUAUGCAUGAAACUAUAUAAGACAAUGUACAAUCAUAAAGAUAUGUAUCAAAAAUUAAUUAAUAAAAUUAAUUUAGAGAGCA